AUGAGACCAAAUAAAAAUUAUGAAGAUGGUACAUAUUGGAAAUUAUAAUAUGAACAACUCAAAAAGUAAAAGAAGAUAUUUUACAGCAAUGAUACUAAUUAACAAUUAGUGUCAUAACUAUAAGAAAAAUGCUUAAAAUAAGAACAAUAGAUUGAGAAGUUGAAUUAACUAAUAAAAUAAGCAACUCCAUCUAAAAUAACAGAUCCAUCAAAUGAAGAUUUCGAAAUCAUUAAAGUCUAAUUUAAAACUCAAAUUGAUUAAAAGGAUUCCCUGAUCCUCCAAUUAUAAAGGGAUAAUCUCAAUAUUUAAAAAGUUGCUUUAGAAUAGUUAAAAAAGUCAGAUUUUCAAAUUGAACAACAGAGAUGCUAAAUUAUUUAACUAAAAUAAUAGAUCGAGGAGUUAAAUCAACUUAUUUCUCAUUUAUAAUAAAAAUUAUUGCAGGAGUAAUAAGAAACCAAGGAAUUCAAAGAAAAAAUUAUCAUUUGCGAAAAAAUGAAUGAAGCAUUAGAGUAGACUAUAGAGACGCUUAAUCAAAAGAGCUAAACUAGUAGAGAAAAGCAAAAUAAAGACGUUUAAUAAUGGAUGCAAAAAUUUAAAAAGCUUGAAUAAGAGUAUGUAAUCUUAAAAACAAAAAUUGAAGACCUCUCUAAAUCGAAUUUUGGAAAAUAUAGCAUUGAAAACCUUGAUUUAGUUUCUGUAAUUGAUAAGAUAAAUGAGAAAAUAAAUUAAUUGUAAGACGAGUGCAAAGGAUUAAAAUUAGAAAAGUAAUAAUUGAGUUCUGAACACUCCUAACUUUCAGAAAAAUUAAAAUAGAUAGAAAUUAACUAUUAAUAAUAACUUCAAUAAAUUUAAGAAUUGUAGACAGAAGUUAAUUACCAACAAUUAAAAGCUAAAUCUAGUUCUAAUAAUUUAGAUGAAUAGUAAUAGAAUAUUCCAUAAAUAAUUAUUUAGCCAUCAGAGGAUAAUAAUGAGGAGAAAAAUAACGAAGAGGAUAAUUAAUUUGUAUAAGAAGAUCCUUAAUAAGAAACUUGA